AUGGUGGCGCCUCCGCACGGAGCCGCCUUCGAGACCGCAAUCCAAGUGACCCCUAUUGAUUCACAUCAUUACUCGGCCCAGCUUCAGCAGGACUGGUGCAUUGGAACCGUGCCCCAUGGCGGUUAUACUAGUGCCAUCCUCUACCGUCUGGCGCUGACACACUUUGCCCAUACGCAUCCGCAGCAAUAUCGUGGCUCCGCCACGCCGAUCGCCCUGCAACUGACCUUUCUGCGACGAACAGCGGUGGGAGAGGCCUUGUUGACCGUGGAGGAUGUGAAGAUCGGGUUACGGACGAGUACAAUCCACGUGACCCUAUCGCAGUGUAAAGAUAAGGGGAACAAGACACCGUCAGGGACCGGACAGGAGGAGCCGGAGGUCAAGAUAGCGGGAUAUAUCACAGUCAGUCCGGCUUAUGCUGAGGUGGGGUUGACAACUCCAACAGGGUGGACGCCCUUGCCGGUGCCAGCGCAGGGAUCGCGGGCAGAUGGGGGAGUUGACCUAGUGACAUUAGGGAAGACUGGGCGUGAUGGCGAGUGGGAGCGGAUCAAGCUGCCAUUUCCUGAGUUUCGGCGCGCGACGCAGCAUGUUGACUUAUACAGCCCACGGCAGCCCAAGACCAUGGCGACUGUGGACCAAUGGGCCCGACUUCGACCGGGAGGGGACCAGACGGCGCGCUGGUCGAACGAGGCGGUCGUGUAUCUGACGGAUACGUUUCCCGUGGCGUUGUCUGGGCUGGACCGAAUGGCUGCCACGGCAGAGGGCGAUGGCGAAGCUGGCGGCCGGCAUUGGUAUCCGACGGUGGCUUUGAAUAUCGAUCUCAAGAAGCGAUUACCGGCUACGGGCGAGGAGUGGUUGUACAGUCGGGUGCAGACGGUGUCAGUGCAGGACGGUCGAACGGAUCUCGGGGUGACGGUGAUGGAUGCAACGGGACAGGUCGUGGCCGUGGCGACGCAGGUGGGCUUGGUGGUGAGUGCUAGCCGUAAUGUGGGCCAGCGGCCGAGAUUGUAA